AUGGGAGUUGGGAACACGUUGGGAUUUGGGAACUCAACGGGAUUUGGGAACUCACCGGGAUUUGGGAACACUGGGGUCCACGGGCGAGCAGGAGUGAAGUUCCAGAACUGGUCCCAGACCUAUGGAUGCUCCCCGGAGCUCUACUUCCAACCCUCCUCCGUGGAGGAGCUGCGGGAGGGAUCCAUCCCCGCUCCCAUUCCCGUUCCCAUUCCCAGUUUAGGGGCCGUGUCCGAGGUGUCGGCGGCCGGAGUGAUCGGCACCGGGACCCACAACACCGGCAUCAAACACGGCAUCCUGCCCACCCAGGUCGUGGCCCUCACCCUCCUGUUGGCCUCGGGAGAGAUCCUGGAAUGCUCGGAGGCGGCCAAUCCCGAGGUUUUCCAGGCGGCCCGGCUGCACUUGGGAUGCCUGGGAAUCGUCCUGAGCGUCACCUUCCAGUGCGUCCCGGAAUUCCGGCUGCGCGAGGUGGCCUUUCCGGCCACCCUGCCCCAGGUUCUGGAGCAGCUGGAGGAGCACCUGGAGCGUUCCCAGUAUUUCCGCUUCCUGUGGUUCCCGCACAGCGACCACGUCCGGAUCAUCUACCAGGAUCCCACGGAUCGGCCUCCCUGCUCCUCCUCCAGCUGGAUUUGGGAUUACGCCGUGGGAUAUUACCUGCUGGAAUUCCUGCUCUGGAUCAGGCCCUACGGGAAGGCCGUUCCCACCCGGGAAUACUGGAGCACCUACGAGCGGAUCAUGCGGAAACACGGCGGGAGACCCCACUGGGCCAAG